CCUCUCCCUCCACUUCUAUCUCGGUUGACACUCAGACGAAAGUGGAAGAAGAGGAGAGAAGAGAAGGAACGAGAGAAAAAAUCGGAUAAAUACGGAUGUAGGAGGUGAUAAGAGGCCAUGGCUGCCGGGGGAACCGUCUUGCCCUUUGUCAGAGGGAUCGACCUGACCAAAAAUGACUUUAAAGACACAGGCAUCCCUCGCAGCAUCAAGGAGAUGUCAAGUCUCCGAUGGCUGCGAGUCAACAGUGCUGGGAUUGAUGAUGUGCCAGAGGAGAUUGCCAAUCUGCAGAAGUUGGAGCAUCUCUCCCUGAAGAACAACAACAUCGAGAAACUGUAUGGUGCUGUGACCAGUCUUCCUUGUCUGAGGUCGCUUAAUGUCCGCCACAACAAACUCCAGAAGACAGGUGUUCCCAAGGACCUGUUCCAAAUGGACGACCUCACCACCCUAGACUUCUCGCACAACAAGCUGACAGAGAUUCCCGAAGGGCUGGAGGAGGCUAAGUCACUCCUGGUCCUUAAUCUGUCAGAUAACAUGAUUGAGGAAAUUCCAGCACAGGUAUUUGUGAACUGCACUGACUUGCUGUACUUAAACGUAGGAGACAACAACUUGGAGACAUUCCCUCCACAAAUUAGACGACUGGUACAUCUACAAACCCUUAUCCUCAACAAUAAUCCUUUGACCCACUUUCAAUUUAGGCAGCUCCCUUCCUUGGUCGCACUGCAGACACUACAUAUGCGAGCAACACAGAGGUCCCCCUCAAACCUGCCAGCUAACAUAGAAGCCUUGACAAAUCUCGCAGAUGUUGACUUAUCGCACAAUGACUUGCAAAAGAUCCCAGACUGCAUCUUUACACUGCGCAAUAUUAAACGUCUAAAUAUGUCGGACAACAGCAUCAGCGAGAUUUCAGGGUCGAUUGACACCUGGAGUAAACUGGAGGUACUAAAUAUGUGCCGCAACAAUCUGACAGCACUGCCAUCACAAAUCUGCAAGCUGGAAAGCCUACGUCGCCUGAUGGUCAACGAGAACCAGUUGGAUUUUGAGGGCAUUCCAUCUGGCAUUGGGAAGAUGGUUGCCCUAGAGGUGUUCUCUGCCGCGCACAAUCGUCUGGAAAUGAUUCCAGAAGGGCUUUGCAGGUGUCCAAACCUCAAAAAGCUGAUCCUGAACAGCAACCGGCUAGUCACUCUACCAGAAACCAUCCACUGCAUUAACGAGACCCUGGAGCAGCUGGAGUUGGCUGACAAUCCAGAGAUGGUGUGGCCCCCCAAGCCCCGUGGCAUGGCCCAGGGAUCGGGGGUGGCCUUCUACAACAUUGACUUUUCUCUCCAGGCCCAACUCCGGAAUGCAGGGGCACAGGCAGCCCAGCUGGCAGCCACUCUCGCACAACAGCAAGGCACACCCAAAGACCCCAUUGCUCGUAAGAAGAGGCUAAGGCAAUUCCGCAAGGACCAGAAGGACCAGCAGGAUGACAAGCAGGAGAAGAUCCUGAAGGGCAUGAAGGAGAUUGCUAAAGAUGAAGAGAAGCAAAAGCAGAAGGACAAGAUGACAGAGGAGAGGAGCCAGGAGGUUAAAACGCAGAAACGAUGGGACGAGGCCCUGGAGCGCCCACCUCUAAACUAUCAGGAGUUCUUUGAUGAGGAUGUGGGCCAGAUCCCCGGAAUUACAAUCUGGGAAAUUGAAAACUUCCUGCCAAACCAAAUUGAGGAAUCUGUUUAUGGCAAGUUCUAUGAAGGGGACUGCUACAUUGUCCUCAAGACUGAGAUGGACGAUUCUCAGAAUCUUGAGUGGAAGAUCUUUUUCUGGAUUGGUGAGAAGUCUACGCUGGAUAAGAAGGCCUGUUCUGCUAUCCAUGCUGUCAACCUGCGCAACUACCUAGGUGCUCAAGGACGCACACACAGAGAGGAGCAAGGAGAUGAAUCAGAUGAUUUCCUGGAUUUGUUCGACCAUGACAUCACAUACAUUGAGGGUGGAAGGACAGCCUCUGGGUUCUUCACAGUAGAAGAGAUGGAUUAUCCAGUUCGCCUGUAUCGUAUCUUCCCAACACAUACUGGUAUCCACCUGGAAACUGUGGCUUGUUGCGUGGAGUCCCUGGACCCACGGCAUGUAUUCCUGCUGGAUGACGGCAAGGUGAUCUACGUGUGGCAGGGGAGCAAAGCGAAGAAGACUGUGACCACAAAGACCCGACUGUGUGCAGAGAAGAUGAGUAAGGAGGAGCGUAAGAACCUAUCUGAAAUCCACACCUUGGUUCAGGGGAAGGAGCACCCAGAGUGGCCACAGUUCUGGCAGGCGCUAGGACUUGAUGAGGGGGAGGAAGAGGAGGUUGAACUGGAGGAGCAUGUCGACCCUUCAUUUACCCCAGUGGUGCCCAGGCUCUACCAGGUUGGCUUGGGUAUGGGCUACCUGGAGUUACCACAGGUUGAGAUUCCUGAAGGAAAAUUAGUCCAGAAGCUUCUAAGGACCAAGAACGUCUACAUUUUGGACUGUUACUGUGAUGUCUUUGUGUGGAUUGGCCGGAAAUCUACCAGAUUGGUGCGUGCAGCUGCUCUGAAAUUGUCGCAGGAGCUGCUGAAGAUGAUUUUACGUCCAGAUCAUGCUGCAACCACACUUGUGAAGGAGGGAACAGAGCCACAGGUGUUCAAGACCAAAUUCACAGGUUGGACAGAUGUUAUUGAUGUUGACUUCACAAGAACCGCAGAUUCUGUGAGGAAAACUGGAGCCAAUCUGAAGGAUUGGUGUGCCAAGCAGGAAACAAAGGUAGAUCUGAGUGCCUUGUUUACACCUCGACAACAGCCCAUGUCUUUGGAAGAAGCACAACAGUGUAUGGAUGAAUGGAAUGAUGAUCUGGACUCUAUGGAUGCUUUUGUGUUGGAGGGUAAGAAGUUUGUCAAGCUCCCUGAAAAUGAGCUUGGGCAUUUCUACUCUGGGGAAUGCUAUGUCUUCCUCUGCCGCUACUGGGUGCCAGGAGAGCCACCAGAGGAUGACAAGGAGGAAGAGACAGAGCCCGAGGAUGAUUUCCAGUGUGUGGUCUACUUCUGGCAGGGACGACAGGCAUCAAACAUGGGCUGGCUCACCUUCACCUUCAGUCUCCAGAAGAAGUUCGAGGCACUUUUCGGUGAUAAGCUUGAAGUUUCAAGAAUGCAUCAGCAGCAGGAGGUUGUGAAGUUCAUGGCCCACUUCAAAAGGAAGUUUGUCAUCCACUCAGGCAGGCGCAGGCAAGACAGACAGCAGGCUAAGCCAGAGGAAGAGGAAAAACCAGCUGAACCAAAGCCAAGUGACCAGAGGCCCAUGAGACCGAAGCCAAAGCCCAGGCCUCCGCCACCAGUGGAGGAACCCCCGAAGCCCAAGCCAGAGCUCUUCCACAUGCGAUCCAAUGGGUCCCCACUCUUUACACGAUGCAUCCAGAUCGAGCCCAAUGCUGCUUCACUGAACUCCGAGUUCUGCUACAUCCUUAAAGUACCUUUUGGACAGGAUGAUGACAGUGGUAUUGUGUAUGUCUGGCUUGGAGAAAAGAGCGAUGAGGAGGAAGGCCGCUUGGCAGAGGAAACGGCACAAGAGAUGUACGAUCCAGAGAAGUAUAGCUUACAGGUUGUAAGAGAAGGAGAAGAGCCAGAAAACUUCUUCUGGAUUGGCAUUGGGGGGCGGAAGGCCUAUGACAAGGACGCGGCUUACAUGCGUCACACAAGGCUCUUCCGAUGCUCCAACGAGAAAGGCUAUUUUGCUGUCUCUGAGAAGUGCUCAGACUUCUGUCAGGAUGAUUUGGCAGAUGAUGACACCAUGAUUCUGGAUGACGGGGCUAAUGUUUUCCUUUGGCUUGGCUCAAAGGCCUCGGACGUCGAGAUUAAACUUGCCCUUAAAUCUGCACAGGUAUAUGUGCAGAACUUGAGAGUGAAGCAACCGGAACUGCCCAGAAAACUGCUGUGUACUUUUAAGGGGAAAGAAUCAAAGAAAUUUACCCGAUGCUUCCAUGGAUGGGGAGAGUUCAAGACAACACGCGAGUAAACAGUUUGACAGCAAGAGAGAGAAAGAGGCACAUCUGUUUAAGUUUAGAUGGUCUCUGUUGUGUGGUAGUGAGUGCCUUCCAAAACUGCUUUCAUUACAUGUGCUUGAGGUCCUACUAGUCUUCCUUUUUUUUAACACUUAUUUAAUUUUAUUUGAUAGAAUGUUUGAGCCACACUUUUUUCUUUUUCAUUGCACAAGUUCUGACAAUUUUAGCAGAGCACUUGUUAAAAAGGAAAUCGGCUUAAAACAAGGUAUUUUAAAUUAUAGAUGAAAAAUAUGUUGUGUACAAUAAAUAAUUUUAUGUACA